UUGGCCCGAGGGAAUCCCGUGGCACGUGCAAGCAGACGGCGCCCCCGGGGACUGACCACAUGGGCGACGACGGGCCCGCGGGCGCACCUCCCGCUGUCGGGCAGCACGUGAACCUCGCCGGGACCGGCCAGCGGUGGACAGGACAGAAGUUCGGGGCCAUCGUGGUGGACGUGCGCGGGUCGGAUGGUACCGUGAAGGUCCGGUACACGGACGGAGGGUUCAAGCGUUUUGGGCUGGAGGAGUUUCGGGCGUUGGCUUCUGUGCCAGAGCCCAAGUCUUCCCUCGACAACUGGCAGGUCGGGCAGCACGUCCAUAUAGCAGGCACUGGGCAGUGGUGGGCUGGCAGUGGGUUCGGGGCCAAGAUCGUUGACGUCCGCAAGUCGGACGCUACGGUGAAGGUCCGGUACACAGAUGGCGGCUUCAAGCGCUUCAAGGUAGAGGAGUUCGCUGCGCUCGUCUCUGAGCAGCAGGCAGCGCCCGCGAUGUGGGAGGAGUGGCACAGCGCCUCCCAGGAAGGCGAGGUCUCGGAGCUGCGCCGGUUGCACGACGGGGUGAUGCUGGCGACCAGGACGAAGGGGGACCUGGAGUACGCCGCAGAGCUCAAGGAGAAGUUCGAGGCGCUCGCAACAAAAGAGGACGCGCUCCAGUCACUGCGCUCGCUGCUCGUGGAGGCUGUUAACCGCGGUGACUACAUAGGGGAGCGCACAGGCUGCAGGCCCUCCUCGUGGAGAGGUCGGGCAGCCCGGAGCUGGCCGGCCCCCCGCAGCUCGCCGCGGGGGGCGCCGCGCGCUCGGCGCUCGGCCGGGCCCUGCACCAAGCCUGGACAGCGCCCUCAGCGGGGGGGUCGCGGGCCCAUGGCCAUGUCGUUGCAGAUCGGGUCCCUGAUGUGGCUGCGGACGACGAUGAAUUACCAGUACAGGUACGGCAUGAGCAUGCGCCAGGCCUUGUCCACCCUCUACGCUGAGGGCGGGGUACCCCGUUUCUACCGCGGCCUCGGCCCAGCACUUCUCCAGGGCCCGAUGCUGCGAUUCGGAGACACCGCCACAAAUGCUGGGGUGCUUGCCUUGUUCGACAACAUGGACAUGGGCUGGUGCCCUACAUGGUUUAAGACGCUGUUCACCCGUUCCACGCAUUCCGACGGCCCAGCAAGCAACACACGUGUGGAAAUGCGCUGGUGUGCAGAAUGCCCAGUUGGGGGCACGUGCGUCUGCUUCGGCGUGCGUGCAGGAGUGCAUGGCUGCGUGUGUCGUUCGCUGGAGUGGGUAAGCCUGCAUGCGCCAACGCUUCUGAGGACCGUCUCCAACCAAGCCCACGUCCACCUUGGGCGACGAAUGGCGUUACGGCGACAGCUUCCCAAAGCAGUUGUUCGGAACGUUUUCGGCCGCAGGGGGGGUUCCCCCAAUCAGUGGAAACACCCCGACGGUCGAAUCGCGAAGGACGUUAAGGUCCUCCGUCCCCAAUCGUGACCUCGCUCUGCAGUGUCGUCUUGCAGCCCAGAACCCGAAAUAUUGGGAGCCUAACUCGCCGUUGGCCCAGUUGGCUGGUGAAUUUGCGUCUUCGCUUGCCGCGACUGGGCGCAUUGCUCUGCUUCCAGUGGACACGUUGAAGGUAGUCAUGCAGGUAGAGGGCAAGAAGGGCAUCCCCACCCUUCUGGCAAAGUGGAACCGCAGCGGCGCAAGAGUGCUCUUCCACGGAGGGGUUGCCUCGUCUGCCGCCACGUUUGUCAGCCAUUAUCCCUGGUUCACCGUCUUCAACAUCUUGAACGACAGGAUCCCCAACUACAGCGAGCGGCCGUGGCAGCUUGCGCGGAACGCGGGCAUCGGGUUCUGCGCGUCGGUCUGCUCCGACACCGUGUCCAACUCGCUGCGGGUGAUGAAGACGUGCCGCCAGGCGGGCGACCUGGGCUACGGGGCCAUCGUGCAGAAGGUCAUCAAGGCAGACGGCGUGGGAGGUUUUUUUGUCCGCGGCCUGGCCACGCGGAUCACCGCCAACGGGAUCUCAGGGAUCGCGUUCUCGGUGCUGUACAAGUCGUUCGAGGAGCAGCUGGCGCGCUAGCCCCGCUGCGCCCAGCUCGCGGCGGCCUGCCGCGCUCCACAGGUGAGCACGCGUGGCGACGUGGUCGCAUGCGCCAGGCAGGCCAGAGCGCAGAGUGAAUGAGAGCGCUGUUAGUCGUCGUUAUUUCCUCCCCAGGAAAGGAACAAAAAACCGGUCACAAACGUACGCGAUUGUGUUGACCCUUUUUGUUUCUGUCGCGUGUUUGUCGUGCAGGCGGGUUCCCCAUGUGUAGAUCUAAGAGCUGCACCUGCUGUCGCUGGCCACCACGUCCGUCGUCGCCAGGUCGAGCCGUGAGCGCAGUCGUUCGUGUGCCUGCCUCUUUCAGGGUCCACUCUGCCCACCAGAGCCCCGCGGGGUGCUCUGCGCGAGAGCUGGACUCGGAGCAUCACCUCCCUCCAGCGGGCACAGCUCCUGGGAGUGUGCGCAGGCCCGGCGGCUGGCGCCGCCGACCCUGCAGGCGGGAUUUGCCCCCCGGGACCCCCGCUGGCGACCCCCCUCACAUGUUUCAUUCAAUGAUGGGAUUGUUAGAGUGUCCAUUGUCAUGGCAUCCACAAGUGAUUCGUCCCACCUGCGAGGUGUUCACUUUUUGCGCUGGCGGCUUGGCAGAAUAACUGCGCUGGCGAAGGGCUACCUUAGCUUAGCGGGGGUGCCGUUGUAGCGAAUUGUGCCAG